ACGUCAUGAUUCUGUAAGGCAAUGAGGUUGUCACAUGAUAUUUUUGGAGGAGGGCAUUUUUCAACUUGGACAAAUUAUCAGUAAAGUUUCAAUCUCUGUUAUUUUCCCCAAAAAACGUGUUGUCGCAAUAAUGUUUUCUACGGUCAUUGGUGCCAACAGAUGGCGGCAGUUUAAAGUUGGGUGUUACUCGGCCCAGGCUGCUACCAUAGAAGAAAAAUGUAGACCAAUAGUACUUUAACGAUUUCCGCUGAUCGUUUCCGUGUAAAUCUUAGCAUUGCGUUAGCCGUCAAGCUAAAAGUUUAGCUUCAUACAGCCAUAUUUUCAGAGUAACAAAAUAUUUAAACGGUCUCAGAUCAUGGACAGUGAAGUGUCUGACACUGACCAUGUACCAGUGCCUGAGAACACUGGUAUGGAGGGGGAGAACGCACCUCUUUACUGUAUUUGUCGGAAACCAAACAUCAACUGCUUCAUGAUGAACUGGAAAUGCAGGCACGGCUUCACGGCCUCUCAUCCUCCAACAACAUUUCUGCUCUGAGCUCCGACCCCUCCCUGCUCCAGCAGCAGUCCACAGUUCCACAGAGCAGCCAGUCUCUGGCUCCCAACACGGGAGGAGCCUCCAACCAGAACCUCCUCGGUCCGGUAGCCAUUGGACAACCUUUGCCUGCCUCCUUCCUGUCCCCACCCUCCUCAGACUCUCCCGCCGGACUCACCAUAAGUAGUCCGCUGGACCUGGGCAGCCUGAGCUUUGCUGAGCUCGAUGACCCCCCGGCCUCCGCCCUCUACUCCGAUAUGGGUUUGGGAGACAUACUUAUGGAUGACGGAGAGGAUUGGCGAGCCGCUGUUUUCUCCUUUGUCACCGGGUGCCUCUAAAACCAGCAGUCGCAGGAGCAGCCUUGAGAUGGACGAGGACUUGUAAUGAUUUGCCUGUGGUCAGAGACUCUGUAGAGACAAGAAUGUCGGGAAGUGCAGUUUAUCCUUAAAUAACUAUAGCUAUUUAUAGAACUGCACAAUUGAACUUUAAAUAGUCAAAUUUAACUAUAAUUAUGAACAAAACUAACACCAGAAGACAGCAAAUUUUAAUUUUUCUUUGUUUGUUUGUUUGUUUGUUUUUUGCUAUACAAAUUCAUUAUUAUUGUUCCUGUUUGGAGCCAGUCAGACAUCAGAUGAUUAUGUCUGAGUUUCUGAAUGCAAUCUUAGUAUAAAAUGCAAUAUUGUACAAUAGGGGCAUGGACCUAGCAUUAAGAAAUAUUACAUUCUUAAAUAGUUGUUAAGAUUUCUUCAGAGAUUUUAAGAGGGAUAUAAGGUUUGCUUGAAUUUAUUAUAUGCAUAUUUGUAGGGAAGAAAGCUGUGAGGUUUCUUUUUCAUGACAGGACAUGUUUGGCACAACUAACUUGUCAAGAGAUGCCAAUAUAUAGCAUAUAUUUUGUGUGUGUGUGUGUGUGUGUGUUUGUUUUUUGUUUUUCUUCAAACUGACUGGAAUCAGGGUUUGUUAAAAGCAGUUGCAUGCUCCUGCGUGUUGGGUUGCAUCACCAGCAACUACAGAAGGGAUCUCUGUAAAAAAGUGAAUUGGCACAUUGUGUAGUAGUUACAGCACAUUGUAAAUAAGAGUCUUUUAUUUUGAGGAAGUUCUUUGCACCUUAUUUUAUUGUAGUCUAUGCAUUUUAAGAAAGCUUGUGUCUGUUUUUAUUACUACUACAUACAGCAGACAGCUAAGGCCCAGGCCGCAUGUAUUUGUAAUAAAACCUUAAAGGCGGUGAAAAAAAAAUCACUUGCUGCUGCAGCUAGUUAGCCAAAGCAGGAUUUCUUCCAGAGUAGCUACAAAUUACAAAUCAGCAUUAUAUAUAUAUAUAUAUAUAUAGAGAGAUAUAUAUAUAUAUAUAUAUAUAUAUA